UUCAUUUCAGUUCAGAUCUCUCUGGACACAAAUUGCUCCAAACUGCUGGAUUGACUUCUUAUUCGCUCCACUGAAUCAACUCGACUCUCUCCAUCAAUCCGUCUUUGUGUCAGUCUCAACCUGUCUAUCCUGAAGUUUUGUCGGGUUCAUCAAGUUCACGCUGACAUUCAGUGACUGAGGCUGAGCAGGAACACUCACACUCAGAGCUGAGAGUGGCCGUCAUUCAUCACAGAUCAUCUGAAUACGUGCAUCUGUCAACUGUCAAAUCUGCUGCUCCUACCUCCUGAGGAUCAACUCUGAAGAGGAGGAGUGCCUCACCAACAGGAAGAAAGCAUCCAUCAGUUUAACUUCAGUCUACAACCAUCAGGCUAUCACCGGAUUAGAAGUUUCCUUUCUCUGUAUCCUAAAUCAGGUGGAUAUUGCCCAGCUCAAAGUUUAGCAGUGAGUAAGGAAUCUGAGUUGUAAUCAGUCAUGGCAGACUGGAGCCUACUGGGAAACUUCCUGGAGGAAGUACAGGAGCACUCUACCUCUGUCGGCAAGGUGUGGCUGACCAUCCUGUUUAUCUUCCGAAUCCUUGUCCUCGGGACAGCAGCUGAGUCAUCGUGGGGAGAUGAACAGGAAGAUUUUAACUGUGACACUGAACAGCCAGGCUGUGAGAACGUCUGUUAUGAUCGAGCCUUCCCCAUAGCACACAUACGAUACUGGGUGCUCCAAAUUGUGUUUGUAUCCACUCCCAGUCUGAUCUACAUGGGUCACGCUAUGCACACUGUCCGCAGAGAGGAGAAAAGGAGGAACAGGGAAGAGGAGGGGAGAGAGGAGGGAGGGGGAGAAGAAGACCCGGGAGGAGGUGAAGGAGGAGGUGGAGGUGGAGAGAAACAAGAGAGGAAAGGGGAAGAAGAUGGAAAUGAAAAAAACGAAAGUCACUCAGCAGGUCGAAUUCGCCUGAGGGGAGCGCUGCUGCAGACAUACGUUCUGAGUAUACUGUUACGCAGCAUCAUGGAGGUGGUGUUUCUGUGUCUUCAGUACUUCCUGUAUGGAAUCUUUCUCAAUCCUCUGUACGUCUGCAAGGCAUGGCCAUGUCCACAUCCAGUUAACUGCUAUGUCUCCAGACCUACAGAAAAAAAUGUCUUUAUAGUGUUCAUGUUGGUCGUGUCAGCUGUCUCUCUGGUCCUCAGUGUGCUUGAACUACAUCACCUGGCAUGGAAACAUUGUUGCAGGCGAUUCUUGUGCUCUGCAAAGGCCAACAAAGCAGCCAACACCUCUCUGAGCCGACAGCUCUCUUUGUCUCCUCCACCACCAUCAACACCACCUCCAGAUUUCAACCAGUGUGUGACUGGCUCCACACACUUCCUACCCCUCCCCUUCCCCAACCACCGACUAGCAAACCAACAAAACUCUGAAAACAUGGCUACCGAGCAGAACAAAAUGGCAGCCGCAGUGGAAGAGGUAAACUUCCUCCAAAUGAGUUGCUAUUCGCAUGGAUGGCAGAAGACCAAUGAUGGUCAGAUCCAAGAUGGGAGAUACCUGAGACCCGAUGCUAACUGCUAUACCCCCGAGAGCAGGGACGUUGGCUGUGUUCAGAUCCAAAAUGGUGGCCCAGACGUGCUGCUGCAUAAGGACAAGCGAAGAUACAGCAAAGCCAGCGGAACGAGCAGCCGAACUAGAGCAGAUGACCUCGCAGUUUAGAAAAAAAAAAAAAGAUAAUAGAUUUACAAACCUGCUGAAAAAAACCACACAUGCAUAAAAGACAAUCUAAAGCUGAAUAAGUCCGUUCACCUUAGCUUUCAUAACAUGAUUCAUUUUAUCUAAGGAAUCAUGCAAAUGAUGACUAAUUCCUUUUAUCUUCUUCCUUCCAACAUUAUACGGCUCCUAAUGACUUAAACGAUGGUCAUUACCCAACAUCUGAGUAAAUGCAUUGCACUAGGGAUUGAACAACUGGGCAGCAAUGUCUGGAGUUGUGGUGCUACACAGAUUGCUAAAUCCAUCAAGAAUAACUGGAUUGUGGCUUCUUCUUGAACUUAAA